CAUGCACUUACCCUCUCACCCGCUUCAUCGUCUAUAAAUACCUCUGACUCAAAACCCUUCUCUAUCUUUAGCUGCCGCUUUCAGUGUCUAUCUGCCGUUUCAACCAGAGAUCUCUAUAUCCAUCUAAUCAUCGUGAUGAAGGGGAUGUAAUCUUCUCCGUUGAUUAUUGUUUCAAUCAAUCGGUCGUAUCAGGAGAGAACCCUAGGCUUCUCCGAUCUCUGCGAAGAUGGGGGACUACAACGAUGCCUUCAUGCGCAACCAAAACGCCGCCGUACAGGCCCGUACGAAGGCUCAGAACCGAGCCAAUGUUAUGCAACUCAAGCUGAUUGGCCAAAGUCAUCCCACCGGUUUAACAAAUAAUCUUUUAAAGCUCUUUGAGCCUCGGCCUCCUUUGGAAUACAAACCACCUCCAGAAAAGAGAAAAUGCCCGCCAUAUACGGGGAUGGCACAAUUUGUCAAUGGCUUCGCCAAGCCGGGCGAUCCUGAUUAUGCUCCACCUGUCCCGGAGGCUGAAACUCCUGCACAAAGAAGGGCAAGGAUACACAAGUUACGACUGGAGGAGGGUGCGAAAAAGGCUGUUGAGGAGCUUGAGAAAUAUGAUCCAAAUAGCGAUCCAAAUGUUUCGGGAGAUCCCUACAAGACAUUAUUUAUUGCUAGGCUUAACUAUGAGACAACCGAGAGCAGAAUCAAAAGGGAGUUUGAGGCGUAUGGGCCUAUCAAGCGGGUUCGCUUGAUUACAGAUAAAGAAACUAAUAAACCCAAGGGCUAUGCAUUCAUCGAGUACAUGCAUACUCGAGAUAUGAAAGCUGCAUAUAAACAAGCUGAUGGGAAGAAACUUGACAACAAAAGGGUGCUUGUGGAUGUUGAACGUGGUAGAACUGUUCCAAACUGGCGACCUCGCAGACUGGGUGGUGGACUGGGAACAACCAGGGUAGGAGGCGAAGAAGUUAAUCAGAGGCAUUCUGGGAGAGAGCAACAGCAGUCAGGACCACCACGGUCUGAGGAGCCUAGGAUACGAGAUGAUCAAAGCAGGGAUAGGGAAAAAUCCCGUGAACGGGGAAGGGAGAGAGAAAGGGAACGGGAAAAAUCUCGUGAACGCUCUCAUGACAAGCCAAAGGAUCGUGAUCACAGGGAUGAUAGGCUCCACAGAGAUCGGGAUAAGAACAGGGACAGGGACAGGGGUAGGGACAGAGACCGGGGUCGUGAUCGUGAUAGAGCACGUGAUCGAGAUCGUGGACGGGAGCGAGAUAGAGAUCGGGACCGGGACCCUGAUCGCCAUCGCGACAGGGAGAGGGAUAAAGAUAGGGAUUCUGAAGUGGUUGACGCUGAUUAUGAUCGCGGACGUUCCCGUGAUAGAGAGUAUGAUUAUGACCGUGUUGAAUCAAAACAUGAGAGUGGUCGGCAUGGUGGUAGAGAUAGGAACGUUGAUGAUGUGCCUGAGGAUGAUCAGGGAUGGUAUGAACAGCCUGAGCAUGGGCAUAGGCGUAAAGAAGCAGAGCAUGACCGUGGACAUUACGAGUAUUAUGAACACCACGAAGGCCGGGGACAGUAUGAUAUACCUGAUGGACAGGGUGAUAAUGAUCGUUAUGGACAUUCUGAUCGUGACCAUGAUCAAUACGAUCAAAUGGAAGAGGACGGUUAUGGUGAUGAUCGAGCAAAAUCUGAACCACAGGAAAAGGAUCGUGAGUACCGGCGUUCAGAUAGGUCCCUUUCUCGUGAGUAUUGACUAUUAAGCAAUUUUAUGGCAGAUCUCAACUUCCUAUGCUUUGCUGGUAAGGUCGUGAAUGCUUCUCUUUGCCUUUUCCCUUUUUAGGUUUCUGGUUGUUUCUUAUUUUUAACUUUCUGUAGUCUUUUUCGCCUCUGGAAUCACGGUGCUGUGAAUGAUGUCAGGCGUGUGGUUUAAUGAAGCUCUAGGUGUGUUCUCUUUCUUCUGGUUCGAACUCAUGUUAUGUGAUUGGGAAGCUCUAUAAUGGACGGGGCAUUUAAUAUUUUAUGUUGCUUUUGUAAUCUCGCCUGUUGUGAACUUUUUGUUCGACUCUGCAAAGUAAUUUUGGACCAUAUGUUAUUUAUGGUAGUUUGCGUCGGUGGCCUCUUCCAAUUAUGUAUUGGAAAUUUGGUAAGCUAACUGUUAUUUUUUACUUGCAAAAAAUGGAUAAUCUCUCCAGUUUGUCCUCUCAUUUUCUGUAGUCAUAUCUCGUAUCUGGA